CUGUCAUUACAAGCAGGAAGCUGAGCGGUGUACAAAUCAGUGAAGCUAGGAGCCAUAGAAGUGGAGAGGCUCAGCCAGCCGACGACAGCUUCCAUUUGAUUGUUGCACCUUUCUUAUUUUUUACCUCCGCUUAAAAAAACCUUUGCUGGCUUAUGAAGAAUAUUCGGACAUGACGGAUUUUACUGUUCUUUGCUUUCCUAAAUAUUGACGGACUGAAGCGGUUACAGUGAUGAAGUCAGGCAUGCACAAGCCACCUCUGGCCCCUAAACCCAAGCUAGCACAACUCCAGAAGGCUGAGCUGUCUCCCUCCACCCCCAGUAAAGAUGCCCUUUUGCACCAAUCUCUCGGUCUGCCUAGGAAGAUAAAGCCGAAGCUGGCCCCCAAGCCCAGCUUCUCCAAACUCGAGUCUAAAUCCGUCCCUCUGAAGGUUCAACCACCUGUCGCCGAAACCCAGCGGAUCCUUGGUCUCCUUAACACCCAAAAUGGAAUACAGCACGAGAACAAGAAGCCAAACUGGGAUUAUAUUAUACCUAUUUGUCUUUGUAGCCAGAAAAACUGCAUGUGUAUCAGGAACAGUCACAUGGAUAAAACAGAGAAGGACUUGGAAAUCGAUAAAAAGACAAACUCCACUGAAAUAAAGACGAACAAUGUAAAAACCAGAGAAACCAAUGUAUCUUUUGCUAAUGGCCACUUGCCACAUCAUAAACCUCCUCAACAGACUGCACCCACUUUGGGCGAGAAUCUCAACAAAAACAUCUCCAGUCCUCAGUUGAAAAUCCGGUCUUCCCCGUGGAGCAAUGAUGUGAAUGGUAAUGUUGGUGAGCACGGGCAGGAUCCACAGGAAAAUGAGAAAAACCCCAGGAAGCCCUUCCCUGUCCCGAUGCCACGGAAACCCAAGAGCACCUUUCUUGUCCACCAGGAAAAUUUGGAGGCGACAAGGGAGGAGAACCAGGAAGGAAGGACCGUGGAAGACUUGAAAGUGUCCUUUGAAGGGAAGGCCAGUGCAUCCUCUCCAAGGCUUGUCUCGCGGCCUGUCCCUCCACUCAGGAAGAAGCAUGAUCUCACAGGACUUGAGAAGGCACCAAGUCCUGCUCUGUCAAUGCUCCAGAACAAUGUAGAAGAAGAAGACCUGGGCUGGGACAUUGUCCAUGAUAUGGAGUUAUCUGUCGACAAGGAGGAUGAUGAUGUGGAGGAGAGAGAAGGAAGUUUUACUGGACAGGAGGCUGCCAAAAAAGACCAGGUGGAUGCUUCUCGUUCCAACAGUCGUCUAGAGAAUCAGGAGAAGGUGAUCAAGGUACCUCCGAAGAAGGUGCAGAGGAACAACAGCCCGAUGGCUUGGAUGAAAAGGACUGAAUCACCUGAUGAGAUGAAAUUGGGAAUAAACGGACUUUGGCCUCCUGAAAAGACGACCAGAACCUCGGUCAAGCAGAGACCCAGGUCCUUUUCAGGUACAGACCGCGUCCGUUCUGAAGGACAGCGGAGGAACUCUUUCAGGAAGCUGCUGGAUCUGAAACUCUCCGUCAUGAUGCUGCCCAAGCUUAUCAGCAAUAAAGGAUCCCAGACGCCGCCAGAGUCAUCCACCAAUGGCCAGGACAAAACCCAUCAUCUUCACGCUUUCAGUGCUGAACGUAUCAGAAUGGAGCAAAGCGUGGACGGAGACGCAUUCUGCUCCAUCAGCGAGCAAGAUGUCAACUAUGAGAACAUUGGCCUCUAUGAGGAGAUACCAGACUAUGAGAACAUCUACUUCGGCGGCUCGGAGGGUUCUAAUGUGGCUUGGCAGAGUUAUAUGUACAGUGAUGAAGGCAUUUACGAAGAACCAGAGGUGUAUUUGGAUAAAAACGCUGAAUAUGACAGAAGCUCUGCAGAGGUGGAUGAUAUCGUCUCAGAUGAUGACUUAAUGCCUCUUUCAUCGGAUGAAGAGGAGGACGGGGAAGAUGACAGCUCCCUCUCAAGUAAAGACGACCCUGAGCAGCAGGAGGAAAGUGUGAACGGCCCCAAAAAGACCAAGAUCCAUCACAUUGCCACUGAAAUUAUGACCUCUGAGAAAGUGUUUGUGGAUGUCCUAAAGCUGCUCCAUGUUGACUUUCGUGAGGCUGUAGCCAGAGCUUCUCUUCAAAGUGGCAAACCUGUGAUUGAGGAUCGUCAGCUCAACCAGAUCCUGUACUAUCUCCCUCAGCUCUAUGAGCUCAACCAGGACCUGCUGCAAGAACUGCAGAACAGACUGGCAAUGUGGGAUGAAAACGAGCAGGUGGCGGACAUCUUCCUAAAGAAAGGUCCCUAUUUAAAGAUGUACUCCACAUAUAUCCGUGAGUUUGACAAGAAUGUGGCCCUUCUGGAAGAGCAGAGCAAGAAGAAUCCAGCAUUCGGUGCCGUCGUACGUGAAUUUGAGGCCAGUCCACGUUGUGCCAACUUAGCUUUGAAGCACUAUCUUCUAAAGCCCAUUCAAAGGAUUCCACAGUACCAACUCCUGCUCAGAGACUAUUUAAAACACCUGUCCAAAGAUUCAGCUGAUUACAAGGAUACACAAGCUGCGCUUGCUAUUGUUAAAGAAGUAGCGAACCAUGCUAAUGACAUCAUGAAACAAGGGGAUAACUUCCAAAAGCUGAUUCAAGUGCAGUGCAGCUUGAAUGGCCAUCACGAAAUAGUCCAGCCAGGAAGGAUAUUCCUGAAGGAAGGUACCCUUAACAAGCUGUCCAGGAAAAUCAUGCAGCCCAGAAUGUUCUUCCUGUUUAAUGAUACACUGCUGUACACCACUCCCGUUCAGUCCGGCCAGUACAAGUUUAACAACAUGCUGUCUCUGGCUGGGAUGAAGGUCAGUAAGCCGAGCCAAGAGGCCUACCAGAACGAGUUGACCAUCGAGAGUGUGGAGCGAUCUUUCAUACUCUCUGCAAGUUCUGCAUCAGAGCGAGACGAAUGGCUUGAGGCCAUUUCCACAGCAAUCAAUGAGUACACCAAGAAGAAGAUCACUUUCAUAUCUGGAAAGACGUCAGACGAGGUACAGCUAAGCGAUGCUGGUGAUGGUGGUCCUUUAGGCUCCAAAGCUCCCAUAUGGAUCCCAGACCCACGUGCCACCAUGUGCAUGAUCUGUACCUGUGAGUUUACUCUGACGUGGAGGCGACACCACUGUCGAGCCUGUGGAAAGGUGGUGUGCCAGUCAUGUUCCUCCAACAAGCACUGUCUUGUGUACCUCAAGAACCAGCUGGCAAGAGUUUGUGACCAGUGUUACCUUGUACUGCAGGAGCAAAAAAGUGAACAAGCCCUCUCGGCAGCAGCAUCACCUGGUAACAAAGCCUCCUUUGCGUUCUCUCGCAAACAUAAGAAGAUACCAGCAGCCCUCAAAGAGGUGUCAGCCAGCACGGGCAACUCCUCCAUGAGUGGCUAUUUGCAAAGAUUCAAGGGCAAAAGGAAGCAGGGGAAGAGGUUGUGGUUUGUGGUUAAAGAUAAGGUUCUGUACACCUACGCUGCAAGUGAGGAUGUUGCUGCAUUGGAGAGUCAACCUCUUUUAGGGUUUGUCGUAAAAGUGGACUCAUCUCAACAGUUACAGUUCAAGCUUUACCACAAAAACACUCUGUACUACAACUUUAAAGCAGAUGAUGCCCAGACGGCACAGAGGUGGAUCGACACAUUCACAGAAUCAGCAGUGCUUUAGUAUUGGACGUGUGACAUUUCAACUUUGACCUCUUACCUCAGUGCUUCAAGUUUCCCCACCAUAUUUGUCAUGUUAGAGUUGAAUUAUUUUAAUGGUGCCCCUUCCCAUUUACUGAAAUUGUUUUUAAAAUGUAUGCAUGUAGUAUCAUCUACAUCUUUUAGUCAGUUGUAUAGACAUUAGUGUUUUUAUAGUCUAUUUUCUUGAUAAUUUUGUAGCACUAUUUGUGAUUUAGUUUUUAUCAACCUCCCUUUUCACUUGAUCAAACUUUCACCUUAAAUUAUUAUUUUUGUAAUAAUUUUUUUAGUAGAUAAAACGGGUGUCAAAUGGUGUUUUUUUCAUGGUCUGCACUUAGUUCACGACAAAUGUAUAUAGUUUCAAGCCCACCGUGUGUUGUGUAAAUGAUGAUUAUCACAAAGAACGUGUCAUUAAAUAAAAUGUGCAUGAAAUCA